AUGGCCAUGAAAGUUGAGGCUGUUUCCGCAGAAAGCAUCAAGCCUUCCUCUCCAACUCCAUCUCACCACAGGGAGUUCAAGUUCUGCCUCCUUGACCAGCUGGCUCCUCCGUUUUACGUUCCAGCCAUCCUGUUCUACUCAGCUCCCGAUGACAAGGCAGCGCUGGACUCUGCCUCGGUGACAGGAAACUUGAAAACUUCGCUCUCGCAGGCACUUUCCCUCUUCUACCCUCUAGGUGGAAGGGUGAAAGGCAAUGCUGCCAUCGAUUGCAGCGAUGAUGGCGCGCUUUAUUUGGAGGCGAAAGCUCACUUCGAGUUGUCUGAAGUCCUGUCAAACCCUGACAUCAAUCAGCUCCAGAAAUUCCUUCCAUUCUCUCCAUACAGAGUCAUUCCCAACAUUGAGGAACAAGUCAUUGUAGGGGUCCAAUUUACUUUCUUCAACUGUGGUGGUAUCGCGAUCGGCAUUUGUAUCUCUCACAAGAUUGCCGAUGGUGCAUCAGUCUCAGCUUUCCUCGCUGCAUGGUCUGAAAUUGCCGUAAAUGGUAUCGACGGCGAAGCCAACCUCAAGACUCCCUUCUUGAAAGCAUCUGAGAUAUUCCCACCAAAGGACAUAAACUUCCAAAUGCCAUCUGGGGUCAUCAGCAGAGAGAAGCUUUUGACCAAGAUGUUUCGUUUCGAUGGCGAGAGCUUGGGCCGUCUCAGGGCCAGGUUUGGCAGUACUGCCCCUACACGCGUUGAGGCCGUGACUGCCCUCAUAUGGAAAUCUGCUGUGGAGGCUGCGAGGAAGAGGCCAGACUGGACCAAGAAGUAUCCCCCAUCAUCAGCAGUGACACGUGGUGAACAUCAGAAGCAGGAUAAGGCCCCAACCAUUGCCUGA